GGUCUGCGUACCUACACCGCCGUUCCAUAUCAACCAUGGGUGACUUUAAGGAUCAGAUGGCAGCCAAGGUGCAGGCGGCAGCUCGGGGGUACAUCCAACGCAAGACUGGGAUGGGCGGUAAGACGGCGGGCAAGAAGCACAAGGCCGGCAAGGGCGGCCAAGCUGGAAAGGGCGGCAAGAAGGCCAAGAAGAGCGAGGACAUGAACGCCAUGAUCAUCCAGGCGGCCUUCAAGAAGUACAAGGAAUACCAGAAGAAGCACUGAUGCCUGAUGUGACUGGCCGUCAUCCAUGAGACACGGACAUGUGGCACGCUCGUCGAAAAGAGGGAGAGGAGAGGCAUUCGGCCACUGCUGUUCUUGUUCGGUGAAAGGCAACCGUUCUCACCCUGACAACUUGGCGGGUGGCUGAGCGUUUCCGUUACUACUCCGGGCCCUCUGCGAGCCGUGGAGUUGGGGCGUGUCAAUAGAUGUACUGGUGCUGAAUUCUACAUCUGGCCAAUUAGAUGCACUUGACCGAGUGUGGUGAGUGAGAUAUACGAGUCCGUUUUGGGGGUUUAGUUAUAGUGUAGUGUAGAGAAAGAAGGCUUGUGCUUGUUGUUGCCUGCAAUCGCGCGUGACGUGCGCGCGUCUGCGUAGGUCUUCCGCGCCGUAUACGCCGGAAUAGGGUAGUGUUUGUAGUGUUUCCACUGAAAGAGCCUUGUUGUUUUCCUGUGCAUUGUGCGCAAUGGAUCGGAGGAAUUGUUUUAUCGCUGUUGGAAGAUGAGCGAGCGAGGGAGUGCUCCUUGCUGAGGAGGAAGCCCCACGCAGUACCAUAAAGGCCCCACGUCUGUUUUGGCUGAAGGGUUUGUUGUGCCAGGUGUCUGUGUUUUCGCCUUUGUUGUCGCUGUCUUAAAGGUCUAACCAUUUCGGCCUUAGGUGCAUGUUCAAAUGGGCGGAUCACUCGGAAUGCCCUCCAGUCUAGAUAUCCGCCACGCUACAGAGCUCGGGUUGCGCAGGAAGGGCUUUCGAUAAUUUUAAACAUUUUUUUGUUUUCUCCACUGUGGAAUGAAUGAAUGUACAGCCCAGCCCAGGUUCGACUUUACUUUUGGCUGAUAUCCUUGAAGCAAGGCGCUCCUUCUAGAGGACGACUUGUUCCGAUGGUUGUUCUUUCGAAGGCCCCACUGAACUAGCUUGCUCUGACUUCAAAGUGUGUUGUCCCCGGCUGGCAUCUGGAGCUACUGUUUUGAGGCAAAAUAUUGUGUGUUACCCCUUUUUGUUUCCUUCGUGAUGGCGUGUCAGGCCAGGUCUCCGUUACCUGCUAGCCUUGUUUGCAACGUUUCUCCGUCGUCCUUUGGUUUUUCACACCCGGGUAUCCAGGCCCUUCAUUUGCCCCGCCCUUGCUCGUCGUCUGUGAUUGUCCGUGUGUUCUGUUUUAAAUCGUGUGGAAUGUGCGAAAAAACGGUGCGUGCUGACCGUUCGUUGUGAUCUGCUGCUUCUUGCGACAAGCGGGCGCACUCCUUUUAGCCUUCUUUGGUUUGCACCGUUCCGUCCUAGAUGCCAGAAUGAAGUGGGUCUGGUGCGCUGAGUUUUCGCAGUCGACAUUUUAGCGCAGCGCGACUUGUACUUGCUUUACUUGCUCGCACGUCUACGUGCCUGU